AUGGAGCGUUUCUCAGAGUUGCUAGUGCAGUUGUGUUCAUACGUUCCCCCAUCGCGUAGCGUCACGCUGUGCAUGAGCCGCGACUUCCCGAAACUGUACAACUUCUUCCUUGGUGAACGCCGCAGUCGCGCGGUCAGCCGCAUUAUGUUACCCAUGCAGUCGUCGAUGGAUCUCAACAUUCCGGUGCUCAAGUCUGGCUGCAGUCCUGAGUCUGGCUACAACGUUUUUCCCACGGAACCUGUGUAUAUAGAUGGAUUCGCGGACCAGAUUGUGGUACUGAAUUCUCUACAAAAGCCGAAAAAGAUCACCCUUCGCGGUUCGGAUGGGCGAAUAUAUUCAGUGAUGUGCAAGGCAAAGGACGACUUACGACUAGACAAGCGACUGAUGGAGUUCAACGGCCUGGUAAACAUCUGUCUCUUGCGCAGCGCUGAGGCACGCAAACGACAGCUGUGCAUUAGAACAUACACCGUCGUGCCAUUGAGCGAAGAUUGUGGCCUCGUCGAAUGGGUCAGCAAUUUGGAGGGCCUCAGGCACAUCAUGGUAAAGAUCUACAAGGAACGUGGCUCAGUGAUGACGAUGAAAGAGCUGCAAAAUACGGCUCCUCGUAAAUCGGAUCCAUUGUCGAAGAAACAGAAAAUUUUCGAAGACGUGCUGCUAAAGCGGCAUCCGGCAGUGCUCAGUUUCUGGUUCCGCUCAAGUUUCCCAGACCCAAGCACAUGGUACCGGGCGCGUUUGAACUACAUACGCACCGGCGCCGUCAUGAGCAUGGUCGGCUUCGUGCUUGGUCUUGGCGACCGCCAUGGUGAGAACAUCUUGAUCGAUUCAGUGACAGGCGAGGUAGUCCACGUCGACUUCAAUUGUCUAUUCAACAAGGGAGAGGACUUGGACUGGCCGGAACUGGUUCCUUUCCGUCUGACACACAAUAUGGUCGAUGCGAUGGGGCCGCUCGGAUACGAGGGUCCGUUCCGCAGAUGCUGCGAGGUGACCAUGCGCGUCAUGCGUAAACAGAACAGUAUGUUGCGGUCAGCUUUGGAAACGUUUCUUCAUGACCCCCUGGUCGAAUGGACUCGCAACAGUACGAAGCCGCGGCCGACCGCCGGUGAGGAGAAGGCCAAAGAACACCUGCUGAACAUUGACACUCGUUUGAAAGGCUCUAUUAAAGCAAAGUUGGACGCUCCUUACGGCCUGCCGUUGAACGUCGAGGGUCAAGUUAACCAUCUGAUCCAACAGGCAACUGACAAGAAACUGCUCUGUCAGAUGUACAUCGGCUGGGCAGCGUAUAUGUAA